UUCUGAAACAGUGAAAGCACAGGCUGAGGUAGAUCCUGCCUGUGAAGCUUGCAACUUCAAGCGCCCACCAGCUCUUCUACACAAAGAUUUUGCCCUCUCGAAGAGCUGAACGCACGCCAGCAGGGCUGUCAAACUCAACUUUGUCCAGAAACCUUACAGAGAUUGCCGCAGCAAAAAAGAAUUGGACAAGCUAGCAACCAACCGGGCUGCUGCAAGAACGCGCCCGUUUUCUUGACUUUUUUGCGCUCCGCAUUCGGUACAGCGGCAGACCAGUAAUUGGAUCUCAGUGGGCGUUGGUUCGUUUGUAGCAAGAGUUAAGGUGGGGACAAUGGUGAAACUUACCUUGAUUGCCAGAGUCACGGACGGGUUGCCUCUAGCAGAGGGGCUGGAUGAUGGCAGGGAUCAAAGGGACUUGGAAGUCUACAAGCAGCAAGCAAAGCAGCUUUUCAAGAAGAUGUCGCAAGGGCCGCCGCCUGCAUCCAGAAUGUCGUACGAGUCGGGACCUUACGUUUUCCACUACAUCAUCGAAGGCGGAGUAUGUUACCUGACCGUGUGUGAAAAGGCCUACCCCAAGAAGCUCGCAUAUCAGUAUCUCGAGGACCUUCAAAAGGAGUUUGAGAAGGUUAACCGAGAACAGAUUGAGACGGUGGCAAGGCCUUAUGCCUUCAUCAAAUUUGACACGUUCAUACAAAAAACAAAGAAGUUAUAUCAGGACACAAAGACGCAGCGGAACUUGAACAAGCUGCAAGACGAUCUUCACGAAGUCCAACAGAUUAUGACUCGGAACAUUCAGGAAGUGUUGGGGAUGGGAGACAGGCUCGACAAUGUCACACGGAUGUCCAACACCCUGACAUCCGAGUCGCGCAUCUAUGCCAAGAAAGCGGAGGAUCUUAGUCGACAGGCGUUGAUAAGGAAAUGGGCGCCGUAUGUGAUCAUCGUAGGAACUGUUCUGAUUCUGACGUACCUCAAAAGCUUUUGGUUUCGGUAGUGGUGAAGGCUUGCCCACUUUCUGCAAGAGGAAGGCGGCCUUUUUUAGGACGACCGGAAGUCUCUGCUCUCAUAUUUGUUCACAGCCGGUGCUUGUGAGUCCGCUUGUCAUCAUUGUACAUAGUCCAUGCCUCCUGUUUGGUGACAGAGCACCGACUGCAUGAGCGAUAAACUACGUGUUGUAUACUUACGUCUCCACAAUACUUGCGAAG